CGUGGGACGCGUCACGACCGGAAACGUUUCAAAACAGACCCGCGAAAGUAGUUGUUGCGGAACCGACCCAGAAUCGGUACCGAAAUAGUGUCCGUCAUGGUGCAGGAGUUUCACGUUGUCAGGUGUUUCAGCUGUGAGAGCUUCCAAGUCCAACAGGUGAAGAAGGUAAACAGGUGGAGCUGUAAGCUGUGUGGACAGAAACAGUCGCUGUUAAAGGAGUUUGGAAGGGGAUCCGGAGCAGACUGCCGUCGGCACGUUCAGAAACUAAACGCCUUAAGAGGAGCCCAGGUCGACGAGCAAGAACACAAAACCUCAUUUCCAUGGGAACAGGAGGAGGUGAAGGAGGUGCAAGAGGAGGAGCAGAAAGAUGAACAUGUGAAACUGGUUAGUCGCUGGAGCAGAUACCUGGACACACCUGGUGAAGAUGACUCACGAGAACAUGAGACCAAGAACAAGGUUGUGAUGAAUAGUCUCCAUGGCAACAUCAGGAGUAACAGGAAACGGCAAAGAUCAGGAGAGUGCACAGAUGAAACACAAGAACCCUACUGCACACCUGCACAGCCAGAAUGUCCACCAGGAACGCCUCCAGCCCUUCCUGGUCCAAGCACUGCCUCCAGGUGGGAUUGUUUCCUCAGGGAUGACAGACAAGAUGAGGAAGACGAGGCUUUUGUUUGUGGCCAGAGUCAGACUGAUGCUAUAGCUUCACAGCUGUGCAGUAGCAUCACUGCGACCCGCCCUCACAUUCCUGUUCUUUCCAUGUUUGAGAGUGGUGAAGACUUCAGCUGUGAUGAUGACUUCCUUAAGUUUUAAAUGUGUUUUGUGCCAUUUACAUCUGAGCUGCUCGUUUAGGAUUGUUAUGAGUCGAUUCGUAGACAUUUCAGAGUCAUGUUUUUAAAAUGCGUUUAUUGAUUAGAAACAAAUCAAAAGUUUAAUAAAAGGUAAACACAGAAAA